AUGUCUGACAAGAACACUUCCACUCUUCAGGCUGGCAUUGACUCUAUCGCUGGAGGUGUCCAGUCUGCCGUCGGAGCUGUCUUUGGCAACCAAAGCGAUGUGAACGCCGGCGAAGCCAAGAAAGACAAAGCAACUCUCGAGAAAGAGGCAUCCCACGCAACCGUCAAACUCCCAGGUGUCAGCGCUUCCUCCUCGGGAGCCGUCACCAAAGAUGAUCCAAACCGCCAAGAAGGAGCCUGGAAUCAAACCAUGGGAUCCGCAAAGGAGACUGUUGGAAACUUAGUCGGUUCUGAGGAUCUCAAACGCACUGGCGCCCAACAAAACGCCGAAGGUAAAGGCCAAGAAGCACAAGGCCAAAUCAGCGACUACGGAUCUGGUAUCGCUAAUCGUGUUGGUGGUGCCGUUGGUGGUGCUGUUGCGGGUAUUACUGGGGAUCGUGAGGCUCAGCUUAAGGCGCAGGAUAAACAUGAUGUUGGGAAGACUCAACAGCGUGGCGCGGAGCAUGAUAUUGUGAAGCAGAACUCUUAG